UUAUUAAUUUGUUCACCUUUUUUUUUUUUUUUUUUAACCUUCUAAGGCAAUAAAGAAUGCUGAUGGGAGAACCAUUUUCCUAAUUUUCAAAUUACCAAGCUGGUUGCCACAAUGGAUGAUCAGCAAGCUUUGAAUUCAAUCAUGCAAGAUUUGGCUGUCCUUCAUAAGGCCAGUCGACCAGCAUUAUCAUUACAGGAAACCAGAAAAACAAAAUCUUCAUCACCAAAAAAACAGAAUGAUGUCCGAGUCAAAUUUGAACAUAGAGGAGAAAAAAGAAUUCUUCAGUUCCCCAGACCAGUUAAACUGGAAGAUCUGAGGUCUAAAGCUAAAAUUGCCUUUGGACAGUCUAUGGAUCUACAUUAUACCAAUAACGAGUUGGUAAUUCCAUUAACUACCCAAGAUGACUUGGACAAAGCUGUGGAACUGCUGGAUCGUAGUAUUCAUAUGAAGAGCCUCAAAAUAUUACUUGUAAUAAAUGGAAGUACACAGGCUACUAAUUUAGAACCAUUGCCAUCACUAGAAGAUUUGGAUAACACAGUAUUUGGAGCAGAGAGGAAAAAACGGCUUUCUAUAAUAGGUUCCACUAGUAGAGAUAGAAGUUCUCCUCCCCCAGGAUACAUUCCAGAUGAAUUACACCAGGUUGCUCGGAAUGGGUCAUUUACUAGUAUCAACAGUGAAGGAGAGUUCAUUCCAGAGAGCAUGGACCAAAUGCUGGAUCCAUUAUCUUUAAGCAGCCCUGAAAAUUCUGGCUCAGGAAGUUGUCCGUCACUUGAUAGUCCUUUGGAUGGAGAGAGCUAUCCAAAAUCCAGAAUGCCUAGGGCACAGAGCUACCCAGAUAAUCAUCAGGAAUUUUCAGACUAUGAUAACCCUAUCUUUGAGAAAUUUGGAAAAGGAGGAACAUAUCCAAGAAGGUAUCAUGUUUCGUAUCAUCAUCAAGAGUAUAAUGAUGGCCGUAAAACUUUUCCAAGAGCUAGAAGGACCCAGGGUACCAGCUUCCGGUCUCCUGUGAGUUUCAGUCCUACGGAUCACUCCUUAAGCACUAGUAGUGGAAGCAGUAUCUUCACCCCAGAGUACGAUGAUAGUCGAAUAAGAAGAAGGGGAAGUGACAUAGACAAUCCUACUUUGACUGUAAUGGACAUCAGCCCACCCAGCCGUUCACCACGAGCUCCAACCAACUGGAGAUUGGGCAAACUGCUUGGCCAAGGAGCCUUUGGCAGAGUCUACCUCUGUUAUGAUGUUGAUACAGGAAGAGAAUUGGCUGUUAAGCAAGUUCAGUUUGACCCUGAUAGCCCUGAGACCAGCAAGGAAGUAAAUGCACUUGAGUGUGAAAUUCAGUUGUUGAAAAACUUGCUGCAUGAGCGAAUUGUUCAGUAUUAUGGCUGUUUGAGGGACCCCCAGGAAAAAACACUUUCCAUAUUUAUGGAAUAUAUGCCAGGGGGUUCAAUUAAGGACCAGUUAAAAGCCUAUGGAGCUCUUACUGAGAAUGUGACUAGGAAAUACACCCGUCAGAUUCUAGAGGGUGUCCAUUAUUUGCACAGUAAUAUGAUUGUCCACAGAGAUAUCAAAGGUGCAAAUAUCCUGCGAGAUUCAACAGGCAAUGUCAAACUAGGAGAUUUUGGGGCCAGCAAACGGCUUCAGACCAUCUGUCUCUCGGGGACAGGAAUGAAGUCUGUCACAGGCACACCAUACUGGAUGAGCCCUGAAGUUAUCAGUGGAGAAGGCUAUGGCAGAAAAGCAGAUAUCUGGAGUGUAGCAUGUACUGUGGUAGAAAUGCUAACUGAAAAGCCACCUUGGGCUGAAUUUGAAGCAAUGGCUGCCAUCUUUAAAAUUGCCACUCAGCCAACCAACCCAAAGCUGCCACCUCAUGUCUCAGACUAUACUCGAGAUUUCCUCAAACGGAUCUUUGUAGAGGCCAAACUGAGACCUUCAGCUGAUGAACUCUUAAGGCACAUGUUUGUGCAUUAUCACUAGCAGCCAAUAACCUCUCCUGUGCCUCUCUACCCAGCUCCCAUCUAUUCAUUCACCUUCUCUCUGACUGCACUUUUCUUUUUUAUACAAAAGAGAGAUGGGGAGAAAAAAAAGACAAGAGGGAAAGUAUUUCUCUUGAUUCUUGAUUAAAUUUGUUUAAUAAUAAUAAUAGUAAACUAAA